AUGGAUGUCUCUAUUCUUCAGCGACAUCUUGCGCGUACCCCUCCUUUUGUUCAGCAACUUGUCUUGAAUGGGAUCGUCGCAUUUGCUGCCUCUCCUGCUGGUCAGAUCAUCGGUCUCCUAUUACAAUUAUCAAAUCGUUUGCAAGGCCCUCAUCCUCUGGCGUCUCCAGAGUCAUUGACUAAUGAUGAGCUGGACAAAGUGUCGUACGAAGACAUAAACAUGUUAAAAGCCAUUCCACGAGAGCCAACACAUAUUGGAUACGCGGUCAUAGGAGGGUCAGGAUUUGUCGGAACGUAUAUCAUACGGCUCCUCAUCAUGAGAGGCGAAACAAAUAUCCGUAUUUUGGAUCUUGAUCCUCCUCCCCCCGACAUUGCGAAACAUCCGUCUGUUUCGUUCGUGAGAACAGACAUCACUUCUCUCGCUUCCGUUCGUACCGGCCUCAUGUCACAGUUCUCAUCCACGAAUGCCCCACCCACAGUUAUCUUUCAUACAGCAGCAAUCAUUCGCUUCUGGGAACGCGUUGCUUAUUCUUGGAUGCCAUCAUACAACGUGAAUGUCUGCGGGACGGACAACGUGGUAGCGGUGGCCAAGGACAUGCCUGGUGGAACUAUAUUGAUAUACACAUCAACCUCGGACGUCGUGCUUCCUUGUCCCAAAUUCUUACAGAUGGGAAAGGACUAUGACACCCCACCAUGGAACAGGGUUAUCGUCAGUGACCAAGACCCGCCCUUGGCCAACGCACAAUUUUCGCAGAGUUGCUACACAAAGUCUAAGAAAUUGGCCGAGCAGAUUAUAUACGAGGCCAACGAAUGUGAAGGCCUUGCUACUGGGAUACUUCGCCCUGGACAGACUAUCAUAGGUCCCAAUGAUCGAAUGUUAACUAGCACUCUCACGUUGCCUCGCGUCCCUAUCUUCGAUAAAAAUUGGAGUCACACAGACGUAUGUGUCUGGGAUGUUGCGGCUGCACACUUGGCACUCGAAGAUGCGCUGCGGCGCAGACCUGAAGAAGUCAGUGGUGAGGCAUUUUUGAUCACUGGAAAUGGUCCGGCUUGGAAGAUGCAAGAUAUUCGACACGCUGUGCAACACUACUCUUCCAAGCCGCUGGUCUUUGAUGAUGUUAAUCCCUUAGUCAUUUUUAUUCUGGCACACCUCGUGGAAGGAUUCCUCUUUUUCCGAUAUUAUUUUCUGCUUCCUUUUUUUGCAGUUUUUGGUUUGCGUCCGGCCCUCACACCCUCAUGGAUGGGCCAUCUCAUAUAUCUUCAGCCCACCACCCUUGAGUAUAUGCGUGAUGUUGUUAUCGACGAUUCCAGAGCGCGGAACCUGAUUGGCUAUCGGCCGCAGUGGCAGACUGCCCAGAUUAUAAAAUACGCCGUAGACGAAGUUGAGGCUGGCAAGACAACUGGGCAGCAUGGAUUGCAGCUAAAGCAUGCGUGAUCAAGUUAGAUGGCUUUCCAUAUAUCCGGACCCUUUCUUGCAUGCCAGCUUUUCGAAUAGAUUGUACUUAUACUGAUGUUAUCUUGGACGAACUGUUCUGAUGAUUCUCUUACAGUUUGCCUGUUCGCCAUUUAAUUCAUAUCUAUGUAC